AUGGCGGACGUGGAAAUGAAGGAAGCCGCUGGCUCCUCCAAGGGCAAGGCAGUUGCCAAAGCUGACAGUGCCGGAGAUAAGAAGAAGUUCGAGAUCAAGAAGUGGAAUGCCGUUGCCCUAUGGGCCUGGGACAUUGUCGUAGACAACUGUGCCAUUUGCCGAAACCACAUCAUGGACCUUUGCAUCGAAUGCCAGGCCAACCAGGGCUCAUCAACAACCGAAGAGUGCACCGUCGCCUGGGGUAUUUGCAACCACGCCUUCCACUUCCACUGCAUAUCGAGAUGGUUGAAGACCCGCCAGGUUUGCCCACUGGACAACCGCGACUGGGAGUUCCAGAAGUACGGCCGGUAA